AUGAUAGGAUCACCAAACAAAUCCAGAUCCGCAUUGGUUUCAAAAGAUAUUAACUCAAGAGACGGAAGUCCAUGCAAAAAAAGUAAAAUAUCAGAAUAUUUGCCCCGUAAGAUAGUGAAAAAGAGGACACGUAGUCAAUCACCCAUUAAAAUAAGUAACAGAGAUAAUGCAACUGUAAUUACGAAAUCAUCUACAGUAGUAAAAAGCUCAAACACUCCGUCUCCUUUGAAAGUAAAACCUUUGUUGUCUGAACACUCAAACUCAUUAAAACCCCCUAAGUCCACACCUGCUUCCGUUCCACUUUUCCAGUUUUAUGAAGAGAGCAAAAGCGAACGAAAACAAGUUUUAUUUACUCAUAAGUUGGAAAUGUUAGCAAAAGAAACUGUUGAUGAAAAUGACGCAGAUAUAAUUAAAGAAAACUUAAAUCCAGAAACUUUUUUGAAUUUAACAAUGAGGGAUACUACAAGAUACCCAUUAAAAGAUUUGGAUAUAGAUGAAUUUAAAGGAUAUACAGAGGAUGUGCAUACAAAAGAAUUGUCCCAGUUAACACUUCAAUUGAAGCACAAGAAAACAUUGCCUAUAGACAUAACUCCACCAAGGUCCCGCAACUUAAGGGAGUUUUUCACCAAUUCCAGAUCCACUGGAAGUAAUGAUUAUGAUUAUACAUAUAAGCCCGCCUUUGGUUCUAUUUCUUUUACUACAGAUGAUAUAUCGGUGGAAAAAAUAGUUAAAAAAUUGGACUUUAAAAUUUACAGUAAUGAAGAAGAUGGUGAGAAUGAUGGCGAUGACGUAUUCUAA